CGAGCCACUGAGUCGAGUUGAUUAUGACUGUGUGCUGAGAGAGAGAGUAAAAAUAAUAAGGCUGGGGCUGGGCUAGGCAGCUGCGCCUACUUUUAGUUUUGAGUUUUUAGAUCUGUGACUUUGAGGCGUCGCUCGCGGCUCUGCCAGCCAUUAACUCUUCCCCAAAGGCCCCAAUCAAACAAAACUCAGCCGAUCUAUUCUCCUUCUCUUUCUUUCUCGGCUCUGAUCCGGCUCACUCCUCUUUCCCUCCAAAUUCUUUUCCCUCUCUUUCUUUCAUCAAUUUUCUUGCUCUCUCCUAUUCCCGAUUCGGCUAUAAUCAAAACGGACUUAUUCAAUUCUCAACCUGAGUUCGAGUUGAACUUUAUUAUGGGGUUUCGUUUGUUUUGAAAAUGAGACUUUGCUACGGCGUGAAGUGAAUCGCUUAGUUGGUUGAGUUGGUGGGGGAGUCGAUCAAACUCUGUGGAUUUCACUCUUUCUCAUGAAUUUUGGGGCAGGAGCAGCAGCAGCAACUGUGACUGUGACUGGGAAAACAGUUGCUCAAAUGGAGUGGGGGGCGAACAAUAACACAUUCAAGACUUUUAAAGAUAUGGAACCAAAAUCAGUUAUGGAUCUAGCAGUCAUUCCAAUUGAUCCAGUAGAUAUUGGAUUGGGGUCUUCAGAUAAGGGACAUGGACAUCCUAUUUCGACAAUAAAGCCAAGGAAAAAAACAAUGACAUCAGUGUAUCUCAAAUUCUUCGAGACAGCUCCAGAUGGAAAAAGCCGCAGGUGCAAGUUUUGUGGCCAGAGCUAUUCUAUUGCCACUGCAACUGGUAACUUGGGAAGGCAUCUUAGUAAUCGACAUCCUGGAUAUGAUAAAUCAGGCGAAGUUGCCACGAAUUCCACGCUUCCACCUGUAACUGUAGUGAAGAAACCACAAUCUCAAGGGAAAACAUCACAAGUGGACUAUGAUCAUUUAAAUUGGUUGCUCGUUAAGUGGCUUGUUUUAGCAUCUCUGCCUCCUUCGACGUUGGAAGAAAAAUGGCUGGCAAACUCUUACAAGUUUUUGAAUCCAGCAAUUCAACUUUGGCCAGCUGACAAGUAUAAAACAGUAUUUCAUGAUGUCUUCAGAAGCAUGCAGGAAGAUAUUAGAGCAUCUUUGGUGCAUGUUUCUUCUAAGGUCUCCAUCACACUUGAUUUCUGGACUUCGUAUGAGCAGAUAUCUUAUAUGAGUGUAACAUGUCAGUGGAUUGACGAGUAUUGGACCUUCCAGAAGGUAUUACUUGAUAUAUGUCAUAUACCUUAUCCUUGUGGUGGUGCGGAGAUCUAUCACUCUCUAGUGAAGAUCCUUGAGAUGUACAACAUUGAAAACAGAGUCCUUUCAUGUACUCAUGAUAACAGUCAAAAUGCCAUCCAUGCUUGUCAUAGAUUGAAAGAGAGCUUAGAUAGUAAAAAGAUGGGAUCAUUCUGUUUUAUCCCUUGUGCAGCUCGUACUUUGAACUUGAUCAUCGAGGAUGGAUUGAGAACAGUAAAACCAAUAAUCUCAAAGAUUCGUGAGUUCGUACUUGGGUUAAAUGCAUCUGCAGAGCUUUCUGACGAGUUUAGUAGAUUAGCAAUAGCUUGUCAAGAAACCAGUUGGAAACCUCCACUAGAUGCUUCAACAAGAUGGAGUGGAAAUUAUCAGAUGCUUGAUAUUGUCAGAAAGGCUGGGAAGUCCAUGGAUGCACUUAUCAGGAAGUACGAUAAUACGCUAGGCAGCAGGUUGUUACUGACCCCUGCCGAGAAAAAUGCAGCCAGCAUUGUCCAUGAUCAUCUGGAACCUUUCUACAAAACCACCAACAACAUGUGCAUGAACAAGGUACUCACAAUCGGGCUGAUUCUUUUCUUCAUGGAUCACAUUUCUGAGACGAUUGCAGCAUGUAGAGAAGUUCGUCACUAUCCAGACUGGCUAAAGAAUUCUGCCGAAGAAAUGGCCAAGAAAGCUAGGAAUUUUAAUAACCAGGUGUGUAAUAUAUUUACUUAUAUGAGUGCAAUUCUUGACCCUCGAAUCAAAGGAGAGCUAAUUGCGGAGAGCCUCAACUCGGAGAAUUUUCUUGAGGAAGCGAGAAACCAUUUCAUUAGAAAUUAUUCUACCAGCCAUUUCCCAUCCAUGACUGGUGGAUACGGUGCUCAAGAGAUAGAAGAUGGAGGCAGUGUCUCUUUUGCAGAAGAAAUUGCACGAAAGAAACGGAGAGCAAGUAUGAGCAAUAGUGUCACAGAUGAGCUCACUCAGUAUCUAUCUGAGCCGCCAGCACCAAUACCAACGGACGUCUUGGAUUGGUGGAAAGGCAACAGUGCGCGAUACCCUCGACUUUCUGUGAUGGCUAGAGAUUUUUUGGCAAUACAACCGACUUCAUUGGCAGCAGAAGAAAUCUUUUGUGGCAAAGGUGAUGAGAUUGACAAGCAGAGACUUUGUAUGCCUCAUAAUAGCACACAAGCUCUUCUUUGCAUCAGAUCGUGGAUUUUAGCUGGGAUGAGAUUGAAGGUCAAGUCUACUGAAAUAGACUAUGAGAGAUUAAUGGAAUUGGCAGCAUCUGCUGCUACAACAGCUGAUAACACUACUGCUGCCUCUGAUAAGAAACAGAAGUAAUUAACAAGUUUCUUUAUUACUUUGAGGCCAUAAGAGGCCAAGGUGAUAUUUGUCAUAUUCGGUUGACUUCCAGCUGGGAAGCUCAAUUAGUUAAAUCGUUUCAUAAGGUUGUAUUUAACAGGUAAUAUUUAAGUGUCAAUGUACAUAUCAGCGAUGAGGCAGAAGUCGCAGGUUAAUUUUAUCUCCUGA